AUGGCGGCGUCGGUCGAGUGCGCGGUCUGCCUCAGCGUCGUCGACGAGGGGGAGAAGGUGAGGCAGCUCCCGGCGUGCGGGCAUGUUUUCCACCAGGAGUGCAUCAACAUGUGGCUCUCGUCCCACGCCUCAUGCCCGGUCUGCCACGGGAAGGCCGCGCCAGCCGACGAGCUUGCCGACGCCAUAGCCGUGUGCAUAUCGGUGAAGCGCGACGUCGUCGUGCCAGCCUCCUCGCCGCCGCCGAGCUCGCCCGCCGGCUCUCCGCCCGCAGCUCGCAUCCGUGCAUGCCCAUCGUCUCUCCGCCCGCCGCUGGCCUGA